UCUCUGAGUUACAGCUCAGGCAGGCAGUCACACUGUGAGCUCCAGACCUUUCGGAGGGAAGUCGAACCACGUCAGUCCAUGCUGGGGAAGGAAACCUGGGCUCCAUCCAUGACAGAGGACUGUCAGCUUCUCUUUAAUGCAUGUCUUGUCUCCAGAGGUUUACUAGAGGGAUUGAUCAGGGCUAAAAGAGAAGACACACAUCAUCUAUCUUCUCCAAUGCUUCUGACAGAGGAGUCUGGUCUUCUCUAUUUUCAUAGGUGAGCCAGAUGACCCUCCUCGUGCCAACCCACAUUCAGUGCAAAACCAAGGUAAAGUGUCUGUGUGUGAUGGUGUUCUUGAGUCUCCCCUUGACCAUGGGAGACCCUGGUCCGUGCAGACACUCCAUCACCAGAGAUCACCUGCUGACCAUAAGACACCUGAUAGAUAACCAGUUGCAGAGUGGAUGCUCAAUAACCUACACAUUUAUUGAGCAGAGAAGUUUGAAUAAAUGUUGCUAUGUAAAAGCUGCCAUGCCCUGGAUCUUGGAACUCCUGACUGGACACUUCAGAUACACUCGGGGAUCAGACAACCACAGCUACGUGUUGUCGCUGACCGGUCUCAUCCACAACAUUUACUCCCAGAGAUGUGUACCACAGAUCAAUGAGGAGCUGGAGGACGACCCAGUGAGUUUUGGAAUGUCAUUCAGCAGUUCUCCAUCUGAGGCCCUGGGGAGGGUCCAGGAUGUCCUGUCUGUGUACUGGGAGCUGGUGACCACCAUGGACUCACCAGUAGACUGGAGCUGUGAGAGGGAGUACACAGACACCGCAGAGCCUCCCACAGCCCUCCCUACAGCACUCUCUCUGACUACAGUCAGCACCCUUUGGGACUCAGAGAAAGCCCCUCAGACUAGUCUAGAUGGAGACCAAGAUAGAGACCUGUACAAGUUUGGUUUCAUGGUCAUAGUUCCAUCAGUCUGUGGAGGACUGCUGUUCAUAUUCACUCUCUAUUGCCUCAUCACACACAAGAUGUCCUACAGUACUGACCAUCACACAUCACUAGGGUACCAAAAUUCAAGUUUGCAUACAGAUAUUCAGGACGUAGAGAUGCAGGUGGAAUAAAGCCGUAAAAGAUUGCUGCAGAUGGAGGAGCAUAUCCAAAGAGGAGGAUAUACCAUCAAGCUCUCAUCUCUAAUAAACAAUGUACAAUGGUGGGUUACAUAUUGUAUAUUUGAUUGAUAUAACAUCCUAUGGACAUUUCCAGUCUUUUUCUGGCCUACAGGCACUAUCAAUGGAUUUGAAUGGACCUUAUCUUUAUGAGAAUGCUAUUCAAAGAUGGGAUAUUUUGAUAAUCUAUGUUGUAUAUUGUGUGUAUGUAUAUAUAUAUAUAUAUAUAUAUAUAUAAUGUAUGUAUACAUAUAUAUUUAUAACUUGACUUAAAAUCAAUAUUUUCUUAUACUGUUUAUGAUGAUUGAUCUGGUGAAUAAUGUGCCUUUGUCCACUGUAAAAAACAUAAUUGUUUUGUUAUUUCAAAUCGACUGGUAAAAAAGUUUAAUUAGAAGAAUUCCUAUACAAUUAUCGCCAACAUUACUGAUAAUAAUACUUAACUAUCCUUACAGAAAAAAUACAUGAUUUCCCAUGUGAAAUCAUGUGAAAAUAUGUGUUUUUGAAAGACUACACAUGUGAUCACAUUUUCACAUGUGUAGUUUCAUGUUAUCAAAUGUUGCUUUACAUGUUGUCACAUUCACUUCACAUAAGAUCACGUGUUUUUGGAACACUUCACGUGUCCACAUGAAAACAUGUGUUUUUGGAAUGCUUCACGUGUCCAUAUUAAAACGUCACAUGUCCCAAGAAAACAUGUGUUUUUGGAAGACUUUCUCCAUUAAGGGCUAAUAGGGUUUGAAUUGUAGUUUGUACCAUUGAUGUCUUCCAGUUCUUUGCUUGUGGGGGAUUGAUGUACAUUUAUCCAGAAUGUUGCGAACUUCCUUCAAAACAGCCAAUCAACAAGCUCAUUAAAACUUUAAAAGCCAUUUCAUAGCCAGUAUAUUAUUUUUUUCUCACCACUUCGUACAUAAACUCAGCAAAAAAAGAAACCUCCUCUCACUGUCAACUGCGUUUACUUUCA